GACAGCAGACGUAGACGCGUGCGUCAUUUUAACACGAGCAACACGGUAGCUGCUUGUUUUUAGCUUAAGGUACCUUUAGUUAUAGCAAGCUGUUGAGUGCGUUUAGUCGGAAACUAAUAUCAUUCUGUUUUUUGUUAGUCGAUUGACAGUUGAAUCCGCGUUUAUUAUAUCUGAUCGCGUUGCGUUCGAGUGGUUUAUUGACCUGAAUAGGUCAAAAACAGCGACAACAAUGGAGGGCAGCGCUAGUGUUAGAAGAGCACUGUGUGGGACCCUGGUCGCUGCUAAUUUGAACACGGUUGCCCUACGACAGCAGCCCGAAGCAGGGAUAUACAAUCGGAAAGUUCUGGAUGAAGAGGACUACAUUGAGAGUUUAGAGAAGAUUAUCCAGAGGGACUUCUUCCCAGACGUCACUAGACUCCAAGCCCAGAGGGAUUACCUGGACGCAGAAGAAUGUGGUGACCUGGGACGGAUGAGAGAGAUCUCCAUCCGUUACGGCUCAUCUUUAAACAAGUCAACACCACGAUCCACCGCCCCAUAUGUCACGCCCGCUAGUUUUGACACUCCGUUAGGACAUGCUGGAUCUCCGUCCUCCAUCAGUGGCAGGACUGCCCCCAGCAUCAAGAGUGUAGACGGAGAGGGCAACGAGAAAAGAGAACUGCCCUGCCUGGAUCGUUUCCUUGCGAAGAACACCAGCGAGGACAAUGCGUCAUUUGAGCAGAUCAUGGAGCUGGCUGAAGACAAGGAGAAGCUGAGACAUUCAUGGUUAUACGAUGCAGAGGCUGAGUACAAACAGCGCCGGGAAGAAAACCUGGCAUUACCCUCAGCUGAGAAGAUGGCCAUCGAUUGUGUUAAAGCUGGCUUGGAGACCUGGGAGUACAAAGCAAAGAAUGCCCUAAUGUACUACCCUGAGGGGGUUAAAGAUGACACUCUGUUCAAAAAGCCACGGGAGGUGAUUCACCUGAACACUCGCUUUGCCGUAGACCCGUUCAGCAAAGCCCUCAACAAAACCCAGAUUCAGCAGGCUGCGGCCCUCAAUCGACAGUUUAAACAGGGUAAAGUCGGACCAGAUGGGAAAGAUCUCAUCCGCAAUGACUCCCCAAUGGUCAACGGAUACGGCUUUGAAGGAUCUCCCUCCCCAGCACCUGGUGUAGCCGACUCCCCACUGAUGACCUGGGGAGAGAUCGAGAGCACUCCCUUCCGCCUGGAUGGAUCUGACACCCCGUACGCAGAAAGAAACCACGGCCCCUCCUUUAAGAUUCCAGAGCCGGGGAGAAGGGAGCGCUUGGGUUUAAAGAUGGCUAACGAGGCCGCUGCCAAAACCCGUGCCAAGAAGCAGGAGGCCUUGAGGAAAGUGUCAGAGAACCUUGCAAGUUUAACUCCCAAAGGCCUCAGCCCGGCUCUCACGCCAGCCCUCCAGAGACUCGUCAACCGCACAUCGAGCAAGUACACGGACAAAGCCCUGAGGGCGAGCUACACACCGUCCCCGUCGCACAGUGCCAGCGGCUGCAAAAACCCCCUGAGCGGCCCUUCCACCCCCAUAGCCACGCCCACAAAGGGAAAGACCCCCAGCUCACAGGACACGUCCUCGCUCACAGACGAUUUGCUGCAGCUGCCCAAGCGACGCAAAGCGGCCGACUUUUUCUAACGGUAAACGACUUCUGCAGGAACGCCGCUGCAGGGCUCGAGACCUCGUUCUGCGCUUCGAUCAUGCCGAUCUAAGCGAUAUUCUGCCGUGGAGAAACUUGAAUACGGUGAAUCAUUUGUACUUCUUUUACUCGCUUACGUGAUU